GGGGAGUCAUGUGUGCAUUGUACGUGUGCUGGGUGUGUGUGUGCGCGUGAGAGGGGGAGUCCGGGGGAGCAAGCAAAAGCGGGAAGAAGCCACACAGCUACACCGAUUGGAGAGGCAAAGACUGCAAGAGAAACGGAGAUUAAAUUAAAAAAAUAAAUAGAAAGAGUCUGCCACUGAACUCCUACCGAGGGAAAACUUGCCACUGGGGUGGCACCCUCUCCCCCUCCUCUUCUCCCACCCCCUCCCCAUGUGCAACCUCAGGGAGCUGGCCUAGAGCCAUGCUGUGCAGCAUCUAGCUCCACGAGGUCUUCUGCAGCUGAGUAUUUUUUUUCAGGCUCCAGCGAGGAAGGAUUGCAGCCUUGCGCUGUGACACGCUCAGAGCCAGCAGCAAAGGGACAUGAGAGUUGCUGGUGAAUGGAGAAGAACUGAUUCUUCCUCUUCCUCCCCGGUUUCGAGGCUGGGGGUUUAGGAAUUGGCUGCGGCGGGUGGCGAGGGGGGUGGGAGGGAGAGGAAUCCUUUCGCCCCCGGAAUUUUGCCACCUGGUUAUUUGGAUGCGGACAACAGGAGAAAGUCUCGCUGUGCUGUUCACCUGUGCAGAAGCAGCAUCGGAGGCGGUUUUUGGAGAGAGAGAGAGAGAGAGAGAGAGAGCCCUUUCCACCGUGGCCCUAAAUCUCUUCGAGGCCGGGGUGGCGAGGCUCCGAUUUCAGCCGGAGUCGUCGGGAUCUGCCGCGCCAAGGAUCUGUUGUGACUAACAUAACAACCACUUUUUAAAAAAUAUAUUAAAAGAGUUGCGGUUUCUGCUGUGGUUGGGGACAAGGAGGGGGCUUCUCUCUUUGGCUCCGGGAAGACCACAGGUAGCCCCGUGGCAGGUGCGAGCCCUGCCUCCCUUUCCUGCGCUGCUGUGUGUCCGGCCAGGUCGCUUCCUAUGACAUUUGGGAUUAAAGUUUGGCUUUCUGAGAGCGGCUGCCACCAUGCCUUUCCACCCAGUCACCGCGGCGUUAAUGUACCGGGGCAUUUAUACCAUCCCCAAUAUCCUUGCAACGGAGCAGCAUCCUGUUGACAUACCUGAAGAUGAACUGGAAGAGAUUCGUGAGGCAUUCAAAGUUUUUGACCGGGACGGCAACGGUUUCAUCUCCAAGCAGGAACUGGGCACAGCAAUGAGGUCCCUUGGCUACAUGCCCAAUGAGGUGGAACUGGAAGUCAUCAUCCAGAGACUAGACAUGGAUGGCGAUGGACAAGUGGACUUUGAGGAGUUUGUGACGUUGCUUGGCCCCAAACUUUCCACAUCCGGCAUCCCGGAAAAAUUCCAUGGCACUGACUUUGACACUGUGUUUUGGAAGAUAUAUGUACUGAAGAUGCGUAUUUUCCCGUUUUUCAUGGUGACUGGAACUGCUGGUUCACACCAGGAGUGUGACAUGCAGAAGCUGACGGUUGACGAGCUGAAGCGGCUGCUGUACGACACUUUCUGCGAGCACCUCUCCAUGAAGGACAUCGAGAACAUCAUCAUGACGGAGGAGGAAAGCCACAUGGGGAAUGCAGAGGAGUGUCCUGUUGAUGUGGAGACCUGCUCAAACCAACAGAUCAGACAGACGUGCGUCCGCAAAAGCCUCAUCUGCGCCUUUGCCAUCGCAUUCAUCAUCAGUGUCAUGUUGAUUGCUGCCAACCAGGUGCUGAGAAGUGGGAUGAAGUAGCCACAGCUGGAAGGAUGGAUGGAUGGAUGGACGGACGGACGGACGGAUAAUUGGAGAGAUGGACUUCCUUGAAGAACAAAUGGAGAAAACAAACUAUACAUAUCUAUAAAUACCUAUAGCCACGAGGGCCAGGGGUGGGAUAGGGGGGGAAUUGUGAUUCCUCCACGGCAAGCCUCCUGCACACACACCCAUAAACCCACCUCCCCUCCCUCCUGUAUUUGGAGGGGAGGCUCCCCUCCUUACCCGAGAUGCUGCUGUCUUCUCUCAGCAGAUAGCAUGGUCUCCCCCUGGGGUGGGUCCAGCUCAGUCCGGCUGGGGAGUCCCUGGAACCACCCCCUCCCCAUGGUGGAACUUUUAAACUCAACUUUAAAAGCAUGUCGACGUGCAUGGAGACCCCACCCCACCUCCUAAAAUCUGAGUGAUGCAAUACCGUGUGCUUUUAUAACCAGAUAUUAGACUCCUACAAAUAUAUAUAUAUAUAUAUGAAAUUAUUAUUCUUCUUAUUAUAUAUAAUAUACAUAUAUAUAUUUAUGAUAAACUGAAUAAUCAGUUAAGCAAUACACUUGCGUCAGGAUUUUCCAAUCUGAAAUUCAGGCGCUGCAUGAACAUUAAACACUCCAAGGGCUGGACGCGAAUCACUUGCUGUUUGUAUUUUCAUCCGACCUCCCCCCUUCCCAGCAGGCCCUUUGGGGGCAUCUAUGCACUUUUUUCUCCCUGCCCCCUACCCUCCCAAAAAGAACCUGGGAGGGAGGGGCUUACUAGAGCCUGCUUAUGUGGACCUAGGGGUUGUUCAGAUGGAGGACGCCGGCCAAAGGUCGGCUUGCUCAGAGGAGGAACCGCGCUUUGGUGUGGCCUCUGCAGCCGUUCUCUUCCCCACUGCAUGCGAACGAGCGACGGCAGGCCACACCAGGCGCGGGGAAAUCCCUUCUUCCUCCUCAAGGGGGCGCUGGGCCAGAAUGAUCCAGGAGACAUAAGAGACUCCACCUCCUUUGUGCCCUGAGCCAUCCACUCACGACGGUGUCACAUCCUGUAUAUAUAAACAAAGGUGUCCAGAGAGCACCACUGACAUCACCAACUCCACCAUCUUUCCAGCUGCAAAUUUCCCUUCCGCUAAGCCCAGUAUAACGUCACCCGGCUAGAGGGGAGGUCUCUUUUCCAACAGUGUUUUGUCUUGAGGUGGAGACGUCUGAGUGAUGGAGAUAUCACUGCUAUUCCUGGGCAGCCUGCCUCAGCAGUUAACUAUUUCCCCUGUUGUUUAAAAAAAAAAAAAGAGGAAGGAAGGGAGGGGAAAAAGAGAGAGAUAUCUAUCUAUAUAUAUAUUGUGCCUUAUUUCUGAUUUGAAUUUGUCCAACUUUUAACUUGCAAGCUGUUGGUUCUUGUUAUACUAUGGCUAGAUCAAAGAGACUUUCGCUCUUCCCAUGCUUUCUUUCCAUGAAUGUAUUUUGUGCCGCAAUGAGUCAAUUCUUAAACUUUAAAGAAAAGCCAA